AUGGAAAGUCCCCAGAAAAAGUCGACCUCCAGAGUCAUUGAGAGGCUCCAGACAGAGAUAGACGAGUUGAAGAACGAGGUGGAGGAGCUUCGGUUUUCCAACCAGUCGUUUAAGAAGAAGAAUGAGCUUUUGACGAAGAAGAACGAGUCGUUUGUGGACCAGCUCGCCAAUGCUAAGCAUGAGAAUGAUAUGGUGGGAGCCUUGUUGAAGAGAAAGGAGCGCCGAAUCACUGACUUGGAGGAAGAGUUUAACGAUGUGCAUUCUUCCAACGAGAACUUGAAGCUUUCCAAUAAGAACUUGAAGAUCAGAUGUGACAAUUUGCAAGAGUCGCUGUCGUUGUCUACGGCAGAGCACGAGCGCUUAAAGAUAGCGUACGACGCCUUGAUUGCAUCUCAGAACGAGUAUAAGCGUCAUUACCAGCAGGAAGUGGAUGGAAUUUACCGCAUGUUUGACAACUACAAGAAAGAACUGGCAAAGACAAUCGACGAUUUGUCCGCCAAGUUGGAUAACAACGACAAGGAUUACGAUGCCUUGCUCGAGAGUCUCAUGUCGAAACGUAAGUCCAUGGAUAACAUUAAUGUUAAUAAGAAUAAGGCCAUUUUGCAGCUUUUGGUUUCGUUGGCCAAGGCUGCCAAAGCUCAUGGCGAGGAAUCAAAGGAGAUCUUGCUGGAGAACAUGCAAGUGGUCACAUCGCUUGUUGAGAAGCAUCCCGACUUGAAAGAUAAAUUAAAGGAGCGUGAGCAGGUUGAUGUUGACAUAGAGGGCAUUUUGCUGAACGCUAGUGAAAAUUUGAACACCACCUUCAGCGAGUUGGAUAUCGAGAGUGCUAACCGUUCUUCAGGACAACGUAAUACGUCUCUGAGAAGAAGAAGAAACAACAAUAGCAACAGCAACAAGAGGAACCUGAUGAGAUUAGAAUCCCCAGACCUCGAAAACUCGAGCCCUCUUCCUAGGCAACGCUUCAACCUGGCUGGCGGUAACCGUAACACGAGUUCUUCAGGCAAUAACUCCCAUAGCCGGUCAGGCAGCAGAGGCAACAGAAAUUCACAGGUCUUCCUCGGUGAAAACAAUUCCCAGCCAACGUCUAACAAAAACAAGAGAAGGCUGUUCUACGGCGGCAGCAGUAACUUCAACAGCGCUGGUUUCAACAACGAGAGAAAACCUCUGAGAAAGAUCAGCUCCGAGCCUGCCAGGGCUUAA